GUCUGCAUCCAGCGCCACCCCAGCCUAGGCUUCGGAUUCAUAGCAGGCAGCCAGAGACCAGUCAUUGUACGCUCUGUCUCUGCAGACGGCCCGUCCAUCGGCAAGCUUCUCCCUGGAGACCAGAUCCUGGCCAUCAAUGAAGAGGUUGUGAGCGAGGCUUCCCGGGAGAGAGUCAUAGACCUUGUAAGAUGCUGCAAAGACUCCAUAGUUCUCACUGUGCUGCAGCCUCACCAGUCACCUAAGUCAGCCUUUAUAAGUGCAGCUAAGAAGGCCCAUCUGAGAACUAACCCGCCCAAAGUGCGCUUUUCAGAGCAAGUGUCCUUCAGUGACCCAGACUCAACAAUGCUAAAGGACGACUCUUUGCUACUCAUACCUAAUGUGCUGAAGGUGUUCCUGGAGAAUGGUCAGAUCAAGUCCUUUACGUUUGACAGCCGCACCACUGUCAGGGAUGUGAUCUCGUCCCUGCAGGACCGCCUGUCCCUGCGUUACAUCGAGCACUUUGCCCUGGUGCUGGAGUCAGGUGGGCUGGACCAGAACCAGAGACUACACCUGCUGCAGGAGAACCAGCCACUCUCACAUGUGGUGCACAGGACGUAUUUCCAGGGGAUGAAGUGUCUCUUUCGCAUCUGUUUCUUCCCUAAGGAUCCAGCAGACUUGCUCAGGAGGGACCCUGCAGCCUUCGAGUACCUCUACAUACAGAGUCGCAAUGACGUCAUCAAAGAGCGCUUCGGCAUGGACUGGAAGUCUGACGUCACACUGCGGCUGGCGGCGCUUCAUAUCUACAUCACAGUGUCAUCGGCCAGACCCAAUCAGAAGAUCUCGCUCAAGAAUGUGGAGAAGGAGUGGGGUCUGGAACCUUUCCUCCCCCUCACUCUACUUCCCACCAUCAAGGAGAAGAAUGUGUGUAAGACCCUGUCACAGCUGCUCAAGACCUAUCAGCAUCUGCCGCCCUCCGGCAACAAGGUCCCUCCUCUCCAGGGAAAGCUGCAGUACAUGCGUGUGCUCAACGAUCUUCCGCCCUUUGGAGGCUUGCUGUUCCACACCGUCGGACUAGAUGAGAAGCAGUCGGCCACUACGCUGCUGGUGGGUCCGCGGCACGGCAUCGGUCAUGUGAUCGACCUGAAGAACAACCUGACCACGGUUCUGACAGAGUUCAGUCGCGUUGCUAAGAUACAGCUGCACCGGGAGAACCAGGGCGUUGCCCGCGUAGAGGUGGCCAUACAGGAGGCCAAGCCUCUGGUCCUGUUGAUGGAGUGGCCUGAUGCCAGUAACUUCGCCUGUCUCAUCUCCGGCUACUACAAGCUGUUUGUGGAUCCCAAACGAACCAUCUACUACCGGACACCUGGUCAGUCUUAUAUGAUCAAGGCAGAUUACAGAGGUUCCCACCACGCCCACCCGCGCUCCGGCACCACAGCAGCGUCCAGUGGGGACCGACGAGGGGACGAGAGGGAAAGACCCCAUACGAGGGACCCAGGGUCCCAGUCUCAGAUUACAGCGACCGCCCCACAGCCCGCAGAGUCCCAACACCUGGGUCUUUGCCACAUCCAUCUCCGGGAGCAACAACAGCUGCAGGAGCUCCAAAUGCAGGCAGAACCCGAGCUCGACGUCAACGAGAACUUAAUUUCCCAAGAGGCACCAGGGCGGCCACGUACCAAGUCUGACCCGACGCUGCAGAAAACGGAGAGGAUCGGCGGGAGGCCGGAAAGCCCCAUCCAGGAGAGCUCAGUGGUCUUCAGGAGCAGAGCCCAAACCAUGGGGCAGUCCCAGCGAGCUACACGGUUCUUCUGUGACUCCUGCAAGGCCAGGUUGAGGGCAGAGGGAGUGGCUGUGGCCUUGAACGGUGGACGCAGCGGCGCCUCAUCGAAGCAGUGCUCCAGCGCCUGUGCCUCCUGCGAUGGAGGUGCAGUAGACCUGAUGGCCCUGCCUCCCCCGGGGAAUGAAGAGGAGGAGGAGGAAGAGGUGGAGGACGUAGGAAGAAAGCUGCAGCUGCCCUCGCCGGCCAUUGCUGCUCCUCCACCUGGGUUCAGGGACAACAGCUCGGACGAAGAUGACGCCAAGAGAGGACGGAACAAGAGCUCUGCCAAGGCUUCUUCCAAGGAAGUGGUACCAGCUCCAGAGGAUGUCCCGGUGACGUUGAUAGACAACGUGGCCACGAGGACAGUACGGGACCAUGCCCAGGAGCUGGAUGAUGCUCUGGUGUCCACUCUGCAGGCCCUGGAAGCCCUAGCUGCAUCAGAGGACUUCCCCCAUCACCCCCAACAGCCAGCUCAGACCACAGGGUUGAUUGUGUUGGCGGCCAUUACGCCUGAGUCAUCGCUAGACUCAGGGCACGAGACCAACUCCUCUGAGCUGACAGACGUCUCAGAGAUGGUGUCGGCCAUGAAGCAGCACCAGAACCAGGCCUACCUGCUGGCCCACCACAUCAACAAGGAGCGUAUCUUCAGUCGCAGAGACUUCCCCUUGGCCAUACCAGGCUGCACCACCCAGACUAUUGGAGGCGGUGCAUUCUCCAUGGGUCAGAUCCGCAGCGGCUGCCCCUCGAAACCAAUGAUCCUCAGUAAGACUGUUCCCCUAAAGCUUAGCCCUGGUCAGGAGACUGCCAGUCCAGGUCUCAGCACAGUGGAGCAGGGGAGUGACGUUACCCAAGACCCAACGCAGAGUGAGCCGAGUGAAGGCAAGAAGGCAAAACCAGAGCCCACCAAAGUGUGCACCCCAGACCGCCCUGCGAAGUCACCUGAGGAGCUGAAAGUCUCCGAUCCAGGGCAGGCACCUAAGGUCGGCAAGGAUCAGAGGUUGCCCGGUACUGCUGUGGGCAAACUAAGCCCGAAUUUCGCUGCGGGGGUCAAGGGGAAGAAGUCUGGGCCUCUGAGCCCAGACACUACCAACAAAGCCUUACCCAUUCUCUUGCCUGUGGACAGAACUGCCUCCGCCAAGAUUUGCCCCACAAACAUGUGCCAAGAUGCCGAGACUGCCUCUAGCAAGACCAUCAAGCCUUCAAGCUCUAAAGACCUCUUGCCAAUUGAUGACCUGUUCUGCACGUGCCCAGUUAGAGAACCCGGGCCACAGCUAAGACUGAAGGAUCCACAUACCCAAAAGGUGGUGGUGUUCCACUCCUCUUCCCCGACAGAUGAUGAGCGUCUUUGUGCCAAAGGCCUCCAACUGGCCAGCAGCAAAGAGAGCGCAGCGAGAGGAGCAGGAGCAGACCCCAUCUUGGCCAAGCCCAGACCCCAGGUCCCAACCAAGUACUCCCAGUCCCCACACAUGCCUGUGAAAGCUGAGAGGAAGGAAGCAGCAGAGGCCAAGGCAGAGAGGUCCCAGGGUAAAGCUCAAGCUGAGCCACAUAAAUGCCCCCUGAAGACACUACCUCUCCUGGGAGACCCCACACACCCUACCUGCUCUGUGGACAAGGUCUCCACUCUCCCAUCUGCCAACAGCAAGAACCAGGGUGGCGGUAAAGGGAAGGCCCAGCGUAGCGCUCCCUUCCUAAGUAUCAAGAACCUUCUGUCGGCCACCUUCCCAGCUCGGAUUCGACGGGAGACUGAUGAGCGCCGAGCCCAGCUCCAGAAGGUCCGGCAGUACGAGUUAGAGUUUCUGGAAGAACUUCUGAAGCCCAAAUCGUCUGGGGGCGAGUACCUACCCCAGGGAUCCUCGCCAGUCCCCUCAUGCACCCCAUGUGCUUGCCAGCUCCUUACAAGUCCUGUGCUAAAAGCCCCUGGAAUCUCCAGAGAACAACGCCGCAGCUGCGACUGCAAGAGGAUGUGCAGAGGCAUCCGACUGCCCGAUACGCCGGUCGGCUCAAUUGCAGAGACACAGCAGCAUAGGGGCAGAGAGAGACCCCUCUCCAAGACCCCUCCAGCGACCUCCAAAACCCCUCACCCCCAGGGAGGUCAGAGGAGACCUCAGACCUUAGAGAUCAAGACCACCCGAAUCCGCUCGACCAGUCUGGAGUCACGGGAACCCAGGGGGGAGCAGGCUUCCUGCUUGCCCACCUGCACGUCUCGCACACCAGACUGCAUGGGCGCCCCGCAGUACAAGAAGCUCCAGAGGCGGUAUAGCAUCGGUGAGGUGGACAACUCUGAAGGCACCCAGCUGUACACCGAGAUCAAACCCAAAGCCAAGAACCUGGAGAAGGAGAUGGAGCGAGUGAGGGCCGCAGGGCCGAGGCUUCCAACAACCGUGGAGCCCGUUCACAAUCAAACUCAAACUCACACGACUGCUGCAGAGGCAAAGGGGAAAAAAGGAGUGUUCUUCAUCCAGGGAGAAGAGCUGCUGAGGGAGAGCAGAGAGGGGGCGCCGACGGAGAUACUGCUGGGGCUGCCUAGCGAGGACAGUGAUGACAGGGAGAAGUGCUGCUCUUUCUGUUUCUGCUACAGGAAGUGUGAAGCGGCAGACGAGAGCAGCGAGAAAGAAGAGCUCUCCUACUCCACCACCCUCCAGGUCCUGCCUGGGAUGCAGCUGGGCUCUCAGACCUUGCCCAUUGUCAGCAAAACGCUCCAGGUUCUCCACGCUGAGGGCUGCAGCGGGGAGGAGGAGGAAGUAGAGGAAGAAGAAGAAGAAGAGCCGCAGACACAGGAGAUCGACCUCCGGGCAUGCGGGACUCUGGAGGGGAGCCUGGCGAGGGUCGAAUCCCUGCAAGGAAAGACGUUCAGCCUGCCGGACGGUUUCCUCAAUGCCCAGCUGGAUGCUAAUGAGCUGCUAGCCAUCCUGCGUCAGUGUGCUAACAUUCCCCAGGUGGAUAACGAAUCCCGUCUACAGCCGUCCCGGAUCGUCGAGUACAAGCAGGAGCUGGCAGUGCGCUUCAAGGAGUUCAGGGCAGCGUGCCGGCGGGUGGCGAGCGUUGAGAAGAGCCCCACUCGCAUGCUGAGCGUUGUUACGGCCAGCUUCCUGGUCCUCUGCGAACUGACUCAGACCUUCAUCAAGCUGGUUAGAGGGGUGCGUUCAGAGGCCCAAAGGCUGCAGCUGCUGAGGAAGGUUGAAGAGGUUGCUAUCAAUUACACUUUGCUGUUGCGUGCAGCCGAGGAGGCGAUGGGCCACUCCAGUAGUCUGCCUAACAAGAGCAUGAGUCCCCAAGUUACUACAACCACCACCAACAUGGGCUCCCUCUCUCGCCCAAUCAAAACCCUGCCUACCCAGUAG